UCCAUUCCUCUUUUCAAAUUUUUUUUUUCGUUUCUUAUUCUUCUUUUUAUCCUUUCUCCUUCUUAUUCUUCUCCCUCUUCCUCUUCUUCUAACCUUAGCCACUACCAUCAUGAGUUGCCGCCAUCCAUGGCCUUCUUCGACUGGUCCUACCAUCAAAAACACUUCUAAUUUUCUCUUCUUCUCAAAUAUUGCCUUGUAUUUCCAAGAAAAUCUAUUUGCUUAAUCCUUGAGCUUUUGAAAUUAUACACUUCACCUACUGGUGAGAGGCUAAGGAGGUUGCUGGUAGGCUGAGAGCGAGUUGAGGAGCCAAAGGCAGCACCAGCAGCACCGCUGCCAAGGCAGCAACAAGGAAUUAGUUUUUUUGGAGCCUACUAAAAGUUCUCCAAGUCACCCCUAGAAAUCAAUGUUUAAAAAAGAAAAGAAGCUCAUUGAAAUCUGGGUUUUGUCACCGAAAACUGGAUUUGGAUGAGUUUUCGACGGAUUCUUAAAUUUUCUGUCAUCGAAGUUUUGUUGGGAAGAGCACGAGAGAUUAAUAUAUUUACAAGUGUUUUUAACUUUUUUGUUUUGAAUUUUCUAAUUAAAAAUUGCCACGUGGCAUGAAAUGAUUAAUUAAAAUAUUUUUAAUGAUUGGGGUAAUUUGGGUAACGAGGCAUAAUUUAAGUACCAUUUUAGGUAACAGAGUAUAAUUUAAGUACCAACUUGAAAAAUAGGGUAUCGUUUUAAGUACCAUUUAGUUUAUUAAACCUUUUAAAAAGUAAUUAAUAUUUUAGUAUUUAGUCCCCAAUACAUGCAAUACGGAUCCAAAUGAAGCCCAAACACUAAAAUAACCCAUAAAUCUAAAAUAAGCCUUCCAAGAAAACCGAACCGAAGCCCACCUUAUCCUUCAAAGAACGUCGGGUCAAACCCCCAAAACCCUAAUUCGCCUUUUCGUCUAUCCGCCACCUAUAUAGACGAACUUCAACCCUAAUCUUCAUUUUUACCAGCCUCCAAUCCUUCAACACUUUUUUUUUUCUUUCACAAAAUCGAACAGAGGUUAAAGUGACGGCGCCGAUUGGCUGUCCGCCUUGACUGAGCUUCCGGCAUCGUCUUGGCCCUCGAUUUUGCACUUUAAAACCUUUUUUUUUUUACCACUAAACCUUUUUUGUUUUUAGAGAUGGCAGUGAAACCCUCCAAGGCCGAUAAGAAAAUCGCCUACGACGCGAAACUAUGCCAGCUUUUAGACGAGUACACCCAAAUUUUAAUCGCCGCCGCCGACAACGUGGGUUCUAACCAGCUCCAGAACAUUCGUAAAGGUCUCCGAGGUGACUCAGUUGUUCUUAUGGGGAAGAAUACUAUGAUGAAAAGGUCGGUUAGGAUGCAUGCUGAGAAGACCGGGAACCAAGCUUUUCUUAACCUUAUCCCCUUGCUUCAGGGUAAUGUGGGUUUGAUCUUCACUAAGGGUGACCUGAAGGAAGUAAGUGAGGAAGUUGCCAAGUACAAGGUUGGAGCUCCUGCUCGUGUUGGUCUAGUUGCACCCAUUGAUGUGGUUGUUCCACCAGGCAACACUGGGCUUGACCCAUCACAGACCUCUUUCUUCCAGGUGCUGAAUAUUCCAACCAAGAUUAACAAGGGUACUGUCGAAAUUAUCACCCCUGUCGAGCUUAUCAAGAAAGGUGAUAAGGUUGGUUCUUCUGAGGCUGCACUUCUUGCCAAGCUUGGAAUCAGGCCCUUCUCAUACGGUCUUGUUGUCCUAUCUGUUUACGACAAUGGCUCAGUCUUUAGCCCUGAGGUCCUGGAUCUCACUGAGGAAGACCUGAUUGAGAAAUUUGCAACUGGUGUCUCCAUGGUCACCGCAUUGUCUCUUGCAAUCUCAUACCCAACUCUUGCCGCUGCACCACACAUGUUCAUCAAUGCAUACAAGAACGUCUUGUCUGUCGCAGUUGCAACAGAGUAUUCUUUCCCUCAGGCUAAUAAAGUGAAGGAGUACUUGGCGGAUCCAAGUAAGUUUGCGGUUGCUGUUGCCGCUGUUGCUACUGAUGCAGGUGCAGCCCCAGCUACUGCCACCGCGGCAGCCGAGGAGAAGAAACCAGAACCCGAAGAAGAGUCGGAUGAUGAUAUGGGAUUCAGUCUCUUUGACUAAGGUUGGAUUAUUAUUUGUUUGGUUUGCAAGACUUAUCAGUCACAAUGGUGUGGUUAGAUUAUUUUCUCUAGUUUCUUUCUUGUGUACUUUGAUUGCUUUUAAAGUUUGGAGAAUUUUUAAGUUUAUGAAGUGUUAAAUUUGAUUUCGGUUUA